GAAAUAUACCCAACCUCAAUCAAACGAUUGUGUCGUGUGAUUAUGUUCAGAUGGGAAGAAAUAUUGAAAUUAAUGUGGGUACUUGUUGGCAGUUUCCAUCAAAUGAUAAAUUUGUAAGACCUUGAAAUUUGUCUGGAAUACACCCAACAUGGCAAGCCUUUGAUGUAUCAGUUUAAAUUAGUUGGCCAGAUUGCCGUGGUUAAUGUGGAGGGAAUGUAAGUUGAUAGGCUCGGAAGCCAAUUCUCUCUCUUGCAUAAGUUUAAAUGCAGCAUUUUAGCCUUCCUUUGAUUUGUCAAUUACAGCCCUCUUGGCUCGAUCAUGCGGUUUGAUUGCCAAAUUGCAUGUCUUUUUAUGUUUUCACACCGCGGCCUGACAAGCCUUUGAGGAUGCCGGACGUAAUGAUAAUCACCAUUGAUUGCACUCAGAGUUUUCACGGAGGAAAUGUUGGGUGAAGUGCCACAGGUCUCAGCCGUGAGUUUGUGGAGGAAUGCACCCUUCGUAGCGGGAUAAUCCAGACAGCUCCAUAUUACGCACUCUCUUUCAUUUCACAGUUUAUCUGCCAAAGCUGCUCUGAAUCUCUGCUACCUGAGAGGAAUCUCUUUCCGUUCCUGAGCUUAUCCUGAGAAACCCGGAGCGGAGAGAGCCCAUGUGGCACAGCUGAUGCCUCAGUGGACAGGAGAAUGGGUUUUCAGCCAUCUCGUGCUCCUUAUAAGGACCUUCACCAUAUGGUCAGGAUGGCACGUUUUCUCCUCGCUCAGGUUGACAGGUCCUGGACCCGGUGCGGUCCUGGCUGGAGGACUGUUCGCUGUGUCCAGGCUCAGCUGGCAGUGGUCGAUGGUGGCAGAAGUCUUCACCCUCAACAACCUUUUCGUCGGCGCGCUCUUCUUCUUGACGGCCAGCUUCCACUGUGCUGAAAACUCCUGGCAGAGGAGGAAGAUUGCGCAUUGGGGCGCAUUUUGCUGCGGCCUGGGGCUGUGCAAUCAACACACUCUGGUCCUGUAUGUGCUGAUCAUCAUUCCCUGGGUCCUUUACCGACUCUUUACUCUAAAGGAGCUGUCUUUUUUGGGCCUCGUAUCUCUGGGAUUUUGUUUCAUCGCUGGUUUUUUCCCGUACAUCUACCUACCCAUCUCAUCCUACCUCAACAGCGCCCGCUGGAGCUGGGGGGACCAAACUACCGUUUCCGGUUUGCUGACUCAUCUACUGAGGGCAGAGUAUGGGACAUUUAGUCUUGCAAACACAGAGACCUCUGUGAGUCUGAGCUCAAUGCUGCAGGCCCAGCUGGACCACUGCCUGGCGGAUCUCUCUCCUCCUGUUUUGGUUCUGGCAGGAAUAUGCCUUCUCUUCUCCUUGUGGGACAGGACCUGCUGCUCAGUUUCCUGGCUGUUGACUGCAAUGCUGCUUGUCUACUCUCUGUUUUUUGCAUGGAGAGCUAACCUGGACAUUAGCAGACCGUUACUGCUUGGAGUGGUGGAGCGUUUUUGGCUCCAGAGCGAUGCUGCAGUUUGUGUUCUGGCCGGCCUCGGUUUGAGCCAUGCUCACAGUAAGAUGGAGAGGUGGCUGGGACACGGGGGGCUGUGGAAGACCAUCGGCUGGGUCUUCGUUUUAGCUCUGCUGGGACAAAUGGGACGCACCAACCACAGGGAGUGUGACCAGAGCAGGAACGAUGUGGUGGAGCGGUUCGGCAGGGAGCUGCUGGCCUCCUUCCCAAAAGACUCACUCAUCCUGACCAGAGGAGACCUGCCAGGAAACUCUCUGCGCUACCUGCACUACUGCCAGGACAUCCGGCCUGAUAUCCGCCUGGUCGACCAGGAGAUGAUGACAUAUUCUUGGUAUGUGACCAAGCUGGGGGAGCAUCUUCCUGGGGUACAUUUUCCUGGCCGAAGGUGGGACCCGGUCCAAUCUGAAGAAAAGGACACCUUUAGUCUCGAGCGGUUCCUGUCCCACAAUACACAGAGGGAUGUGUUUGCCUGCAUCGGCCUGACUGAUGGAGAUCCCAGCUGGGAACGUAGCUUCUCUCGUUGGCCUUUGGGUGUGUGUGACUACCUGGUUCCGCUUCAGAGGCAGUUUCACCCAGAACGCUGGGCCGAGCGCACCCGCCGCCUCUAUAACUGGAGUGAGCCACACAACAGUUUUCCUCCUGCGUCCUGGGAGCGCGUUGCUAACGAGGAGAUGUGGCAAGCGAGGAUGAAGACGGCUUUCUUUCUGUUUGACCUGGCAGAGAGGACGCAGGGAGAGGGGAAAGCGCGUCUCUUUGAGCUGUCUUACACUCUGUAUAAAGAAAUUGUUGAGGCCCAAUCAGAUUACCCUCCAAACUGGGACAAGAACCUGGCUCUGGCAUGUGAGAGGCUGCUCCGCUCAGCCCAACGGGGCUCCAGUCCAGACCACCUGCUGACCUGCAGCGUUCAACACUUUAGUCUCUACCUGGAGAAAGAGCCCACCGAUCCCCAGGCGGCGGUCAUACGCUCAGCCGUUUCCCACCUGCUCAAGGAGAGAGACAGACUGCGCCAGAGCCGGAAACAAACUCUAUGAUGGAGUCCUGGAAAACCCUCAUGGAGCUGAGAUGCCAAGAGCUUGCUCCAAACUUGAUGAAAGUGCACUGCUGUGGGAAUUAUCAUGUAUUUUUACAUUAAAUGUUUAAUUUUGUGACUUUAUGUUGAGUUU